CUUCCCCCAAAGUGGCCGUACUUUACUUGUCAGCUCCUUCCUCUUCCUCUUCCUUCUCAGUGCAGGACAAACAACUUCACCAAAGCAAGGCAAAGCAAAAGAAAGGCUCUGCUGCAGCUUCUCAACCCCAGAGGGAACCAGCUCUGCCAGCAGCCCCAGGUUGCUUCUUGCCCUCAUUUUCCUGGGCUUUUCCGGGCAGGACUUGGCCUCGCAGGCGUGGUUUGCAGGCAGACUUUGCAGGCAGCUCUCAGCCGCUUCGGUGAGCUCUGCAGCAUGGCUGAGCGUGCUGCUGCAAGGCUGCACCUCUCUGGGCUGUGCUUCUUCCUCCAGCUCCUCACCAUCGUCCUCUUCGCCACCUUUGUCCGCUACAGUCCGGAGAGCUCCAACCUCUGCUCCACGGAGCCAAGCUGCAGCCAGAGAGACCCCAGCCCGACUUUGGGGUACCCCCGGUUCCGGGAUGCCCACCUCCGAGCUCUCCUCGGCUUUGGCUUCCUUCUGGCCUUCCUCAGCCGUUACGGGGUGGGCAGUGUGGCUGGCAGCCUCCUCAUCGUGGCCUUCACUGUCCAGUGGGCCAUACUGGCCCAGGGGCUCUUUUACUUCUCCCAGAACAGCAAGAUUUACGUGAGCACUCAGAGCAUGGUCAGUGCUGACUUCUGCACCGCAGCCAUCCUCAUCUCCACUGGGGCUGUUCUGGGCAGGGUGAAUCCCAUCCAGAUGCUGUUGAUGGCUCUGCUGGAGGUGCCUCUCUUUGCUUGCAAUGAAUACGUCCUGCGGAGCCUCCUGGGGGUAAGCGACAGUGGAGGCUCCUUGACCAUCCACACUUUUGGUGCUUAUUUUGGCUUGACGGUUUCACGCGUCUUGCACCGGCCCCACAAGGACAAAAGGAAAGAGCAGCAGGACGUGGGGCACCAGCCCGAUCUCUUUGCUGUGGUUGGAACCUUUUGCUUGUGGAUCUUCUGGCCCAGCUUUGCCUCAGCCACCACAACCCACGACAGCGCCGAGCCCUGGGCAGUGCUGAACCUCUACUUCUCUAUGGCAGCGAGCACCCUGGCCACCUUUGUCCUCUCACCUAUCCUGUAUGAGGAGGGCACACUGCAGGUGGCCCAGCUCCAGGAUGCCACCUUGGCCAGCGCAGCCGUGAUGGGGAUGGCAGGGGAGAUGCUGUCCACCCCCUUUGGGGCUCUCACAGCAGGCUUUCUGGCCAGCCAGCUCUGCCUGCUCGGCUCCAGGUUCCUCUCGCCCAUCCUGCGAUCCAGGCUGAAAACCGAGGACACGUGUGGAGUGCACAACAUCCAUGGGCUGCCGGGGAUCCUGGGCACCUUCCUGGGGACACUGCUGGCAGCAUUGGCCACCGCGGAUGUAUACGGCGACAGGCUGCAGCUCGUCUUCCCGCUGGUGGCCGAAGGCAGCCGCACGAACGCUGAGCAGGCGCAGUGGCAGCUAUGCGGGCUGCUGGUCACCCUGCUGUUGGCUGCCUCCGGGGGCGGCCUCACGGGAAUCCUCCUGCGAACGAAGGUGCUGAGGUCUCCCCCCGAGGGGAACGAGUUGGAGAGCAAAGUGCUGCGGGAGACGGAUGAGGAUGGAUGUGACCGCGGGGCGAGCAGCGAGGAGCGAGGCAACGUCGCCUGACAGCGUGGUGAGUUCCAGGCAGUGCCUGCAGCCCAACGUUCCCAGCCAGGCUCAUCUCCACGCCGUCCCCAGGGGAUGCACAGCAAGGAGAUGCUGCAGUCAUUUGGGUUCUUGCUGUGGGAAGAAAGGACAGCCAAGCUUAGCGAGGAUCCAGACCUUGCUUGGUUGAGAGGUGCUUCCUGCCAGCUCUGCUCCGUGCCUUCGUUUUCUCCACCUGACACAGGGAAGAGCUGCGGGGAGGGCUUUUCUUUAGGGUGCUGCGCUGGGAAGGGGCGUACUGAGCUGAAGGGCAAACAGCAGAGACUUUUUCUAUGGAUCCUGUCGACCACUGCCAUUAAAACACCUCUGUCUUCUUUUGUAA